AUGGCUGUUGUGUUGAUAAACUACACAGAAUUUAAUAGUCAAAAUAGUUUCGAAACAGUUUUUGAAAAUGAAUUGUAUAAAAAGAUUGGUAGUUGUACUUAUUUGAACUUAGUGAAUAUGCUGAUAAACAAGCUUCUUGGCAACAGAAUGGUUUUAAUUUUAAUCUUAAUUGUAACGGAAAACUGA